UGGUUCCUCUUGCGCUGCAAAUCAGCUUCUUUUUGGCCGCUGCUUGUCAGACUUCGAAGCGAGUUUCUGAUGAAACUGCGCGGCCCAUCAAUCACAGCCUUUCUGCAACAGGCAGAGGCAAACUUGGCACUUUUGAGCGCUCAGCUGCAGGACGGGCCGCGGAGCAAGCGCCGCGCGGCGCGCUCGCAAUCGCCUGAGUUUCAGGUGAAGGAGCUGGAUGAAUUAGAGGUUCGAGAGCAGCUCACCGUCCAAGCGAGGACUUUACUAGGCUUCGAGCGGCGGCUGAAGGCCUUGGAGGCCCGGCCCGGUGCAGCCACAGAUGUGCAAUGGCACGAGGACCUGUCAAGGGCCGCCGAGAGCAUGGGCAAGGAGCUGGGUCGGGAGCUCCAGCGGCGUCUGGACUUGGCGGAGCAAAGGCUCAAGGAGCACUGCGAGCUGCACUUUGCCCUGUCAGCCCAGGCGCCACCUCAAGCCCAAGCUUCUCAAGCUUCGCAGGGGUCCGAGGCGGCGAAGCCGACGUCGACGCCUGAGCCCAAGGCCUUGACACCGACAGCAACGCCCACGGAGGUUGCCAUGAGCCCGACCUCAGUGGGCUUUCAGGAUCCUGUGGCACUGCGGUCUUCGCCCCGGCACAACAGGAGCCCAAAAGUCGGCACGCCGCGUAAGCUGGUCUUCAUGCCAGAUGCUUCAGCGUCGGCAUCGUUAUUUCGCAGGCAAUCCUCCACUUUGAGCCUGCCUAGCUCAGCGCCUCCAGAAGGCAUCCCGCUGCCCCAGCAAGUGGAGGACCCGUACCUGUCUCAGCCGCCGGGCGAAGCAAAGGACCUUGAGUUGCCAUUGGAGAGCCAGGUGAAGCCGGCGGAGGAUCCGUGGGACGAUAUCUUGGGAGGCCUCAGGGAGGAUUUGAGAAGCAACGACACUGUGCCUCUUGCAGAGGGUCAGAACUGCACAGACUCGGCGGAAAAACUCAAGGGAGGCGCACAAAUAGAUGCUGCCACUCCAGAGAACGCCAAAGAGGAGGCCCAAGACCCGAAGCCACAGCCACACCUUUCCAGCGGCAGCAGAAAAAGCAGCGUUGCUGCGGAAGAAGUUGAGACUGCAGAUGCACAAAAAGUGCAGGAAGCAGCCGCUGAGCCGUCCUUGCUGGCAGCACAUUUCACAAACACUGCAGACCUGGUGCCAAAGCAGCACCAAGACCCUAGCAGCUCGCAAGCCAGUAGCAAAGAGAGCAGCAUUGUGGAACAAAUUGAAGUUGAGUCUGUUGAGGAACCAUUUGUGCCGGAAGCUGCCGCUGAGCCUUCCUUGCUGAUAACACGCGACGCGACCACUGCAGACCCUGUGCCACAGCAGCAACAAGCCCUUUCCAGCACGCAGACAGACCUGCAACACACGGUCAGUCACGCCAGCAGCGGAGAGAGCAGUAUUCUUGUGGAAAACAUAGAGUCUGUUGCACAUGAACAAUCUGUGCCGGAAGCUGCUUCCUUGCUAGCACAACAUGUCACAAACACUGCGGCCCAUGUGCCACAGCAGCAACACGGCCUUUCCAUCGCGCAGGCAGACCUGCAACGGACCGUCAGUCACGGCAGCAGCGGAGAGAGCAGUAUCGCCGUGGAAAUCGAGUCUGUUGCACAUGAGCGAUUUGUGCCGGAAGCUGCCACUGAGCCUUUCUCACGAGUAGCACACGUCACAAACACUGCAGACCCUGUGCCACAGCAGCAACACGGCCUUUCCAGCGCGCAGGCAGACCUGCAACGGACCCUCAGUCAUGGCAGCAGCGGAGAGAGCAGUAUCGCUGUGGAAGAAAUCGAGUCUGUUGCACAUGAGCGAUUUGUGCCGGAAGCUGCCGCUGAGCCUUCCUUGCGAGUAGCACAUGUCACAAAGACUGCAGCCCCUGUGCCACAGCAGCAACAAGGCCUUUUCAGCGCGAAGGCACACCUGCAACGGACCGUCAGUCACGGCAGCAGCGGAGAUAGCAGUAUCGCUGUGGAAGAAAUCGAGUCCGUUGCACAUGAACAAUCUGUGCCGGAAGUUGUCGCUGAGCCUUCCUUGCGAGCAGCACACGUCACACACACUGCAGCCCCUCUGCCACAGCAGCAACAAGGCCUUUCCAGCACGAAGGCAGACCUGCAACGGACCGUCAGUCACGGCAGCAGCGGAGAGAGCAGUAUCGCUGUGGAAGAAAUCGAGUCUGUUGCACAUGAGCGAUUUGUGCCGGAAGCUGCCGCUGAGCCUUCCUUGCGAGUAGCACAUGUCACAAAGACUGCAGCCCCUGUGCCACAGCAGCAACAAGGCCUUUCCAGCGCGCCGGCAGACCUGCAACGGACGGUCAGUGAAGGCAGCAGCGGAGAGAGCAGUAUCGCUGUGGAAGAAAUCGAGUCUGUUGCACAUGAGCGAUUUGUGCCGGAAGCUGCCACUGAGCCUUUCUCACGAGUAGCACACGUCACACACACUGCAGACCCUGUGCCACAGCAGCAACACGGCCUUUCCAGCGCGCAGGCAGACCUGCAACGAACCCUCAGUCAUGGCAGCAGCGGAGAGAGCAGUAUCGCUGUGGAAGAAAUCGAGCCUAUUGGACGCUAUUCUUCACAAGCACCCCGUGCAUCUGACCAGUUUGCAUCAUCGACUUCCAAAUUGCCGACUUUUCAUGUCCAGCAAGUUCCAGACGUGAAAAAGAUCCCUGCCGCGAGUAAGGAUGAUGAUGACUACUCAUAUGAAAGCUAUGAGGAGGAAGAGAGUGAGGAAGAGGCAAGUGGCGAAAGUCAUGACGUCGUGGUAGCUCUAGCACAGGACUCAUCUUCAGAGUCUGGGUUCCGAACAACUCGGCCCCUCGACACUGAAUAAUGAGGCCAUCCAGAACAAAACCAU